AGGAAAAAGAAAUCCCUAGUUUUUAUCUUACUGGACUCCCUUCUGAUUAAGUACUACACCGUCUGCGAUUGCCCGCCGCCGACUUCUUUCAUCACUCUGGAUUAACUCAACCGGAUUUAUACCGAGUCCAGCUGGUGAUAUUUCAGCAUUGCAGAGGAAUACGAGAUAGGGAUGUCUAAGAAGAAGAAUCCACUUGUAUUCUUUGAUGUGUCAAUUGAUGGGAGUCCUGCAGAGCGAAUUACUAUUGAGUUGUUUGCCGAUGUUGUUCCUAAGACGGCUGAGAAUUUUCGGGCACUUUGUACUGGUGAAAAGGGGAUUGGAUCUUCAACUGGAAAGCCUCUACACUACAAGGGAUCUAGUUUUCAUCGCAUAAUCAAAGGAUUUAUGGCACAGGGUGGUGAUUUUUCAAAAGGAAAUGGCACUGGAGGAGAAAGCAUCUAUGGAGGGAAAUUUCCUGAUGAAAAUUUCAAACUGGAUCAUAGUGAGGCUGGUCUUCUCUCAAUGGCAAAUAGUGGUCCAAACGCAAAUGGUUCUCAGUUCUUCAUAACCUUCAAGCGCCAACCUCAUCUUGAUGGGAAGCAUGUUGUGUUUGGUAAGGUUGUAGAGGGAAUGGAAGUUAUUAGGAGAGUUGAACGAGUGGGGACAGCAGAUGGAAAGCCGUCUGGUGUUGUAAAGAUUGUAGAUUCUGGUGAGUCAUCUCAGAGCAGCACGCAUGAUGCCUUUGGAACUCAGACAGGAAGAAAGAAAAAAUCAGCCAAACCUGUAUCUCCCGACGACAGUUCUGAUGGGCGUGUUAAAGGAAAUCGUAAAUCAGAAGACUGGAGGAAGAGGAAAAAAAGGAAAUACUCUUCAUCUGAUUCAUAUAGCUCUGAUACAGAUUCUGAAUCAUACUCUUCAGAUACUGAUUCUUAUACAGAUUCUGAAUCUGAUUCUGAAUCAGAUUCUUUAUCUUCAAGUUCUUCCAGUGAUGGAAGGCGGCACAGAAAGAGGAGAAGGUUGAGAGAGAGAAAGAAGCGUAGACAUGGAGAGAAAAAAGGGACUGGACGAAGUGUCAGGAGAAGAGUUAAAAAGGAUAAAAGAUCAAAGAGGAAAUGGAGUUCAGGAAGUUCUAGUGGCUCAGAGAGUGACAACAGUAGCAGCAGCAGGAGAAGCUCUGAUGCUGAAAUUGCAAAGCGCCCAAAUAAAGAGAAGAAAGUUCCAGCCCCUGUAAUAGGGCAGCAGAAGGAUAAUAAACAGAAGAUGGCAGAGGGCAACUUAUCUGACGAAGAGAGAGAACCUUCUCAGAAGAAUAAUGAACUUUCGAAUAAUGGUGACAGUACAGGAGCAAAGGCUGACAAAGCUACUAAGCUGGAUUGUGAUUCAGAUGAUUCAAGAAAAUCAAGUCCUAAACAUGGUGCUAGAUCAAGGCAAAAAUUGAGCAGUCAGAGGAGUUCUAGUACGAGUCCUAAAAGAGGCAUGAGUCAGGGGGUCAAUAACGAGAGUAGAACUCUUAGGACAUCCAGUCAACUAAGGGACAGAAGUCCACUGCAUGGCAAACCUCCACCUGCUGCAUUAAAUCAGCAUGAAGACUCCAGAAGCCAUUCACCAAAUGGAGCUACUGGACGCAUUAGGAAAGGCCGUGGCUUCACUGAUCGCUAUUCCUUUGUGAGACGCUAUCGUACCCCAUCUCCUGAAAGAUCACCUCAGAGGUCUUAUCGCUAUGGUGGGAGAAAUAUUGCGAGGAACCAGGAUAGGUAUCCAAGCUACAGAGGCUAUUCUGAACGCUCACCACCACGGCGGUACAGAAGUUCGCCAAGAGGCAGGAGUCCACCAAGAUAUGAACGGAGGAGUCGUCGAAGUAGAAGUGACUCUCGUAGCCCUGAUGCUCACCGUGGCCGUGAAAGGCGUCGCAGCAGGAGUCCUGUGCGCAGUCCUAGCCCCGUCAACGCACGGGGUGCAGUAAGUGAUAGACUUAAAUCACGCCUAGGACCACCAGUGGAUGACUUUCAUCCGAGUAGGGGGGUGUCAACUUCAAGCUCUAAGGGCCAUGGUUCUCAUUCUGGAUCUCCUAAUGCUACUCAACAAAAAAUAGCACAACAAACUACCAGAUCUCAAUCAAGCUCCCCUGGGGAGCAGAGGGGAUUGGUCUCAUAUGAGGAUGUUAGUCCUAUUGGAGUGUCAACAUAGUUGUAGGUUCCACCAUGAUGAUGAAGAUUGAUAAAUUUGCUGUCGCAGAAGAUUAUUAGAGUGGUAAUGAGAAAAGAACUAUGGGUUCCAAGAUAGUUCUUGCAUUUUCAUACGUAACACUGGCCAAUAGUUUAUUUGAGAUGUUUAACAUUUCCUUAUUCCUAUUCUGGUGAUUUAGCUUCCUGUUUUUAACAUGAAUUAUUAAGACUUGAGAACAGCUAUCCGAUUUGAAGUCCUUUGUCCUGUUUCUAAGUUUUUGUUUUCCGGGGAAUAGUUCCAGUACAUGUUAUAUGCAGCCUAGUGAACUUCA